AUGAGUUUUGACGAUGAACAACUGGGUGAUCUUUAUACCGCCUUUCCAGACCUUCAACGCACUGGAUCUAUUCCAGCAGAUCAGAUACGCAAUGCUUUGGAAAAACUCGGAUGUCCGGUAGCUGGACAUGAACUGCGAGAGAUGCAAGCGACCCGCAACAAGAUUGGUUCCUUUUGUGAUCUUGAUGAACUUUACCAGAUCUACUCAAUAGCUAAUGCAAUGAAAAUGGAUGCUAAGAAAAUUAUGAAGGAUGCCAUUCUCAAAGGCAUUCAGGAAGCCAAGACAUACGACACGGACUUGGGUGGAAAACACACCGUGACAAAAUCCGAGGAAAAGGCUUUCUCCAAUUGGAUCAAUAAACAUCUCGCCGGAGACAAAGACUGCGUAGCCUUGAACCUUAUCCCUAUUAAUCCUGAGAAUGAUGGUGAACUCUACGAGAGAUGCAAGAACGGCAUCAUUCUGGCAAAGAUGAUCAACGUUGCUGUACCUAACACAAUCGAUGAUCGAACUCUUGAAAAGGGAGAAUCUCUCAAAGCUAUCUUUAAGAUAAAUGAGAACCUUACUUUGGUUGUGAAUUCAGCUGCAGCAAUUGGUUGUUGCAUGGUGAACAUUGGUCCAGAGGAUAUAUCUGGUUGCCGAAGGCACAUUGUUUGCGGUCUCAUUUGGCAAUUAAUUCGCAAGGCUAUUGUUGAUACUAUUACUCUAGCUCAGCACAGUGAGUUGGCUUCUCUGCUCUUACCUGGUGAGACACUGGAACAAUUGGCCAAUCUCAAACCAGAAGAAUUACUCAUGAGAUGGGUUAACUUCCACUUAAUGAAUGCUAAUAGUAAUCGAAGGCUAACAAACUUCACUAGUGACAUCUGUGAUUCAGAAAUCUACGCUCUUCUUAUGGAACAGAUCACUCCAUUGGAGCUUCGGUCCAGAUUAAUCAGUUCUAAACUUAUAUUAGAAGAAACAUCACUAGAAAAACGAGCUCAGAUGGUUAUGGAGAACGCAAAAAUUCUCGAUGCAGGAACGUUGCUUGUUCCUGAAGAUAUAUACACUGCUAAACCAGGAAGCCAUAGUGAUAAACUCAAUCUCGGUUUCGUUGCUACGCUCUUCAACAUGUAUCCAGGCAUGGAACCACCAGGAGAAUUGAACAUUCAACCGGAAACACUAGAAGAGAAGACCUACCGAAACUGGAUGAACUCCAUGGGUGUUACUCCAAUUGUCAGCAACCUCUACGGAAAUCUCAAUGAUGGUCUUGUUCUUCUUCAGCUAAUUGAUAUUAUCCAACCUGGCACAGUAGAUUGGAAGAAAGUGACAAAGACCUUUGACCCAAAGAGGGCCAUUUUUCAAAUGCAGUCCAAUUGCGUUCUGGUCAUUGAAUAUGCCAAGGUUCUCGGAAUCAAGAUUGUCAAUAUCAGCGGUGAGGAUAUUCGAGAAGGUGCCACCAAACAGAUUCUUGGUCUUUGCUUCCAGUUAAUGAGAGCAUACACUCAUAAACUCCUUAUACAGGCAAGUGGUGGAGGAAGUACUGCUAAAAUAGAAGAUUCUUACAUUGUGAGCUGGGCAAACGAGCGUUUGAAGAGCAUGAGUGAACCGACUAUAAGCUCGUUCCGCGAUCAAUCCCUGGCUAACUCCCGACCAAUAGUGGCAGUUCUUGAGAGCAUAGUUCCAAUGGGUGUGUCGAGAAAUAUGCUCACAGAUGACAAUUUCUCCAACGCUGUCUAUGCUCUUUCCUCAUGCCGGAAAGCCGGAGCUCGAGUCUAUGCUCUGCCUGAGCAUAUCUGUACUUGCAAUCAGAAGAUGAUUAUGACCAUCUUCGCCUGUCUUAUUGUCCUUUCUUAUCAAGUCCAGGAGUCUGUCAAUAACAAUUUUAAUUAUGAACGUCAAGUCAAAACGGAGUCGUCAAUUGCUCAAUCAAGCUGUGCGGCAUUUGGCCAAAUUCUUAUGUGCUGUUCAGUGGAAUGUCAAGAGCUAUCAGAAAUGAUAGCUGAUCUCUCCGAGACCUUUCCAACCCUCUAUAGAGGGUGGAUAGCUCGCAAUCAAGUGAAAGAGGCUCUGGAACGCGUUGGAUUCACCCUUUCUGGCGGUGAUUUCAGACGUCUUGUGGAGGAAGAGUUUCUCAGACCAGGGUAUGAUCACAUCUGUGUAGACACACUGAUGGAUAUCCUCAAAAUGCUUCAAGCCAAUCAAGAGAAGCAACAACUGAUUGAAAAGAAGCGGGAGUUAAGAGAAAGGGCAGAUCUCAGGGUUUAUGAGACAGAUGUGCAAGAAAAAUCUACUGCUACAGCAAAACACUCAGUGAGUCCUGCAGAAGAACGAGCUUUCAUCGAUUGGAUCAAUCGUCUGCUUGGAUCGGAUCCGGAUCUCAAACACCACUUGCCUAUUGAUCAUACUAUUGAUGGUCAAAUCUACGAUCGUUGUCGAGAUGGCCUUCUACUCUGCAAGUUAAUUAAUGCUGCUGUUCCGGAUACAAUUGAUGAACGAUGCAUUAACAAGACACCAACAAAGUCAAAUAUUUUCAAGAUUAACGAGAAUCUUACUCUUGCUGUUAAUUCGGCGGAAUCAAUAGGCUGUUGUGUUGUGAACGUCGGUCCUGAAGAUAUUGAACAAUGCGCACGUCACUUGGUUCUUGGUCUUAUUUGGCAGAUCAUUCGCAUUGGUCUGCUCGGCAUGAUAUCAAUUCAACAUCAUAGUGAGCUUAUCGAUUUGCUAGAACCAGGUGAAACUGUCGAUAAUCUACGUUUUCUCUCACCUGAGGAUUUGCUUCUCCGUUGGGUAAACUUUCAUCUCCAGACAGCUGGAAACACUCAUCGGAUGACAAACUUCACCUCUGAUGUUAUUGACUCAGAGGUUUAUGCUACUUUGCUUCAGCAGAUUGCACCGGAAGAUAAGCAAUCUUUUCUUAUUCCAGUUACAGGAAUCAUGGCUGAGAGCAAUAUGUAUUGCCGGGCUGAAAUGGUUCUUGAAAAUGCUGAAUUCCUCAACGCUGCUGCUUUCAUUACUCCUGAUGAUAUUGUGAACGCUGCUGAACGUGGAAUGGAUAGAGACAAAUUACAUCUGGCAUUCGUGGCAAAUCUAUUCAACCUUUACCCUGGCUUGAAGUCUAAACCCUCUGUGGAUGUGCCUGAAACCUUGGAAGAGAAAACUUACCGGAACUGGAUGAAUUCGAUGGGUGUCGCUCCGUUCGUUCGUGAUCUUUCAAGUGAUCUGAGAAGUGGUCUCAUAUUUCUACAAUUGCUUGAUAUUCUUGAGCCUGGAACUGUUGCAUGGAAUAAGAUAGCCCGGGUAUUCGAUCAAAAGAGGCAGAUAUUCCAGAUGCAGGAUAACUGUGCCUACGUUGUUGAAUACGCCAACUUACUUAAUGUCAAUGUUGUCAACUUGAGUGGAGAGGAUCUGAGAAACGGCGAGAGAAAGCUUACCCUUGGUUUGACUUUCCAAUUAAUGAGAGCGUACACAAUGAAAAUGCUCUCUGAAUUGCACCAAUGCUGCGGGCGGCUUUGUGAGAAGGAUAUUCUUGAUUGGGCGAAUGAAAAGUUAGUUUCCGUUGGAGCUCCCAUGCUAUCUAGUUUUCGCGAUCCUACUAUUUCAAACGGCGUUCCAGUUAUGAACUUAAUUAAUGCUAUCAAACCUCAUUCAGUUGAUAAAACCAUGGUGCUGAAAGACAAAUUGGCUAACUGCCGAAUUGCAAUCAGCACUGCUCGUAAAAUUGGGGCUCGUGUUUAUGCCCUACCGGAGCAUCUGAGGGACGUUAAUCCGAAAAUGAUUAUGACGGUCUUUGCUUGUUUGAUGGCUCUUGAUAUUCAACUCAAUGGAAAUUCUUGA